AUGUCACAAGCAAAGCUCAUCGUCGCAACGGUGACGGCACUUCAGCUCCUCAUGGCGACAGCCGUCGCCGCCGUCCAGGUAGCCUUACCUGGGUGCCCGCAGGCCUGCGGCAACGUCACCGUCCCCUACCCUUUCGGUUUCCGCAUGGGCUGCUUUCGCAAGGGCUUCAACCUCACCUGCGACGAGACGCGCCGUCCGCCGAGGCUGCUCCUGGGCGACGGCGUGGAGGUGGACGCCAUCUCCCUGGCGGACGGCACGGUGCAUGUGCAGACCAAGGUCGUGGCAUUCCGACCACUUUACACAAACGGUGCCGUCGGCGCGAGGAGAUCUAUCGACCACAACUACUCGUGGUACGGCGGCCUGCCGGAAGUGUACAAGAGCGGCGGCGCGCAGCUCGCGGUGUCCACCGAGCACAACGUCUUUGUGGCCAUCGGGUGCAACUUCAUCGGCUACCUCGUCGCAGUCAGCGACGGGGGUCGCGAGUAUGUCAGCACAUGCUCCACGCUGUGCAACGGGAAAACCCGGGACGCCUUGUGCACGGGCGUCGGCUGCUGCUGGAUGACCAUCGCGCAGCGUUACCCCGGGUACCAGGUGAAGUUCAAGGAUUUGGACGAUACGGCGGCAGCGUACGCGGGCCAAAGCCGUGCGUCGGUGGCCGCGUUCAUAGUCGAUCGCGAGUGGUUCGUAGGCACCAUGCAGAACACUGUCAGCUUCAAUGAUUUUGUCAAUGAUGAUUUCGGUAGCGGUCCGUCCAGCAUGCCCACCGUGCUGCAAUGGUGGCUAGACGUAGAUAGCGACCGUGACUUGGUCGUCAAGGAUCCACGUUCUGCAUCUCGUUGGAGAUGCAUAAGCUUGAACAGUUUCGCUGCCUACAUCGGCAACGCAGUGAACAAAGUAAGGUGCAACUGCUCGGAUGGAUACGAAGGCAACUCUUACAUCGUUGACGGAUGUCAAGAUAUCGAUGAGUGCUUACGGCCAGAUGUUUAUCCCUGCCAUGGAACAUGCAUCAAUAUGCCAGGGACAUACAGAUGCUCAGCAAAGAAAAGAAUCAUCAGCUUAGCAGGUCUAAUUACCAUAAUAGCAAUCGUUGCUGGUUUUGGACUACUAUUUUCACUCCUAGGUGUUGCCCAAGUCACAAAAAAACUCAAGAAACGAAGAGCCAAGAAGAUCAGACAAAAAUUCUUUAAGAAAAACCAUGGACUGCUUCUACAACAGUUAAUCUCUUCGAACAAAGAUAUAGCCGAAAAGAUGAAGAUUUUCAGCUUAGAAGAGCUAGAACAAGCAACCAACAAAUUUGAUCAUAAUCGGAUCCUUGGUGGCGGUGGGCAUGGCACAGUGUAUAAAGCCAUCUUAUCUGAUCAACGUGUCGUGGCCAUCAAGAAGGCCAAAAUUGUUGUGCAGAGGGAAAUCGACCAGUUCAUAAAUGAGGUUCCAUACUUUCACAGAUAA